GAGGAAGUUGACGCAGAGAGGUCGGCUCCUCCGCGUGUGCUGAGUGUCGGUGCGUGUGUGGCCGUCGGGAUGCUAAAGGUCCUGCAGGUGUGCGUCCGCCGCCAGCUGUGGAGGAGCGCGUGUUCUUCUGCCGCGGGAGCGCGGAGGAGCUCUGGGGCCGCGGGGGGUCGCGGUCUGAGCCGGCCUGGGGCCCGGACCUGCACCGUAGACCCGAACCUGGAGGAGCAGUUCGUGUUUGUGGACUGUACAGAUCCAGAUGAGGACUCCAGUCAGGAGGAGAAAGAGCUCCUCCAUCAGCUGAGCGCCACCGCCUCCUCUUCUUCCUCCGCUGCUGCGCCCGGAUCAUUGGUCGAUACUCAGUUGUCCCCUCAGAAACACCUGAGGUCUCUGGAGCGUCAGCUGCAGCUACUGAGGCAUGGCGUCCUGAAGGAGCCACAGGCAAAGCCAGACUCCCUGAUCCAGUUCCAUGAUGUGGACUUCCCGCUGGACGAGAGCAUCGUGGCUGCAAAGAAGAAAAAGAAGAAGACGUUGGGAAAAGGCGAGCACAAGAUCUUCGGCACCCCUGACGUGGACGAGCCGGUCAGUGACACGUGCUGCUCGGGCUGCGGCGCCGUGCUGCACUGCACCGCCGCCGCUGUCCCUGGCUACCUGCCCAACGAGAAGUACAAGGUGCUGGUCCAGGAGGGUCGUCUGAGCGGUGCCACCUGUCAGCGCUGCCACCUGCUCACCCACCACCACAAGGCCCUGAACCUGCAACUGCCCAAAGACCAGUACCGGGACGUGGUGCGGCAGAUCCGCCCGCACAAGGCUCUGGUGCUGCUCAUCGUCGACCUACUCGACCUGCCGGACUCCAUCAUCCCCGACCUGCCUGAGCUGGUGGGACGCAACAAACACAUUGUUGUCCUUGGCAACAAGAUCGACCUGCUGCCCGGAGACUCGCAGAACUACCUGCAGCGACUCAAGCGGCAGCUGUCUCAGUACUGCAAGGACGCCGGAUUUGGCGAUCAAGUGACCGAUGUCCACCUGAUCAGUGCUAAGACUGGUUACGGCAUAGAGGAGCUGAUCUCGAGUCUGCAGCGGUCCUGGAAGUACAAAGGCGAUGUGUACCUGGUUGGCAGCGCCAAUGCCGGGAAGUCGACGCUCUUCAACACACUGCUGGAGUCCGACUACUGCAAGUCCAGAGCCUCAAACGUCAUCCACAAGGCUACCAUCUCACCGUGGCCAGGGACGACUCUGAACCUGCUGAAGUUCCCCAUCAUCAACCCGACUCCGUACAGGAUGUUCAAGCGUCAGGAGCGACUGAAGGAGGCGUCGCAGCAAAAGGAGAGCGAGCUGUCGCCGGAAGAGCUGAAAAGGCUGCAGUACUUCAGCAGGCAGGGAUACUUAGUGGGUCGCAUUGGUAGAACGUUCCGGGUUGAAGGAUUCAGACCGAAUGAGAUCCAGUUUGAUCCUGACAGUCUGGCAUUUGGAGAAAACGAAGACAGUGAGGAGACGACAACAGCUGCCAGCGGGUCAACUGAGGAGCUGAGCCACAACGAGCUAAAAGACGCCCACUGGCUGUACGACACGCCGGGAAUCAUGAAGGAGCUUGACAUCCUAAACCUGCUGCAUGAACAGGAAGUGAGGUUGGUGGUUCCCACCCAGGCCAUCGUCCCGCGGACGUUCGUUCUGAAGCCUGGCACGAGUCUGUUUGUGGGAGCUCUGGCCAGGAUUGACUUCCUGCAGGGAGAAAAGUCCUGCUGGUUUUCCGUCGUGGCCUCCGAUCGGGUGCCGGUUCACAUCACCAGCCUGGAAAAAGCCGACAGCAUUUAUGAGAAACACGGUGGACACAUGCUGCUGGGGGUGCCUGUUGGAGGCUCAGAGCGCAUGAAGGAGUUUCCUGCAUUGGUCCCUCAGGAGUUUAGUUUGGAGGGUCGGGGUUACCUGGAGGCUGCUGCUGACAUCAAACUGUCAUCUGCAGGCUGGGUGGCUGUGACGGCGGUGGAGGGUGAUCAGCUGCUGUUGAGAGUUCACGGGCCGCAGGCUGCAGGCUUUGGUUUGAGGACGCCGCCGCUGCUUCCUCAUGUUGUCUCUCUGAAAGGAGAACGUAUCCGCAAGUCUGCUGCCUACAAACCGAUGAAAGCCGUGGGUCUGCUGCACAGCGGACUGUCGGCCGCCGGAACCGAGAGGCUGCAGGUGAAGAGGAAGAAGAAGAAAUGAGCCAAGGGUAGAGGACGUGGACUGUCUCACCACCAAGACUCUCUGCAGGUGGUUGUAGCUCCACUCCUAGAAAAACUGACCUCUGACCUUAGGGAAUGUGGUUCUGGAUCAGUUUGGCCUUGCUGGACGAUGUGUGUCGUUCUGUUAUAUAAAUAUACGUUUCAUACUGUUAUCGUCAAUGGCGUUUAUACAGCUGGGUCUUAAUGUUCUGACAGUGACAGGCUGAAAUUCAGCCACAAUAAAUAUGAAGUUAUACUAUCAAAAUAAAAUAAAAUUCACACUUUUAAACUUGACAUGAAGGAUUCAUGUCUGAACCCACCAACGUCCUCACAAACUGGGCCUCCAGUGCCGUUUCUUCACUUCUUUAUUUGUGGUUCUUAAAUUAUUCAGUUGUUUCCCUCCAAAAAUUCCUGGUUUCUUUCACUCUUUCUGGUAGACUUUAACCUCCUGGGCAGUGUUCAUCAUUUGGCUGGACAGAAGAGGAUCCUGUGGUCAAACCCCACUCUUAUCAUCUAUGGACAUCCAGGCCAACAGCACUCAACGGCUAAAAGCUUAUGCGUGCUUACUUUGGGGGGGGGUUGUUUUGUUUUUUUCAGAGCGUCUUCUUUGAAACAGUUUAUUUUGUUGACGUAGCUCAUGAGUGACAUUAGACUUUGUAUUUCACUACGUUGUACGCUAAUUUUCCCUGAGCCUGGUUCUGCUAAAGGUCUCUUCCUGGUAAAAGGGAGGUUUUCCUUUCCACUGUCACCAAGUGCUUGCUCAUAGGGGGUCAUUUGAUUGUUGGGGUUAUCUUGCUAUUAUUGCAGGGUCUUUACAAUAUAAAGUGCCUUGAGACGCUUGUUGUGAUUUGGCACUAUAUAAAUAAAGCCUAGGUGGAAAUACCCUCACAUUAAAUCUUAGUUUUCACUGUUUAAACUCGUAUUCACAAAAAUCUGUUGGUAAACUGUUAAUUUGGGGAGUUUCGGUGUUAGCUGGCCGUGAUGCUUUGAUUCCAUUCUGUGCAAAAACACAUCCAUGUGUGAUAUUUUAAAAUAUGUUGUCGCCAGCAUAUAGAUUAUAUUUAAAGUCACACCAGAUUUUCUUUGAUGUCUGACAUUAAGGACUAAUGAGGCUUUUAAUAGACUCCGAGCUCCGGUUACUUCUGAAUGUGUUCCAACUUUAUUAAAAACGGCCAGACAGAUGCGGAAGCUGCUGAUAGUGUUUGGAAAUCUUUAUUUACAAAAAAGCAGAAGAAAGUACGUUACAGAUUAAAGCUUUAAUCGGUUAGUUUUUAGCUGAAGAGUGCACUCAACUUGCUCACAGUAACAUCAGACAGUUAGACAAACAUUUCUAAUUUGAUUUAAACCUCCUGACAGGAGAAGACAUUUCAUCUUGUUAAACAGACUGCAAACCUUUGUAAACGAUAAAGUUGGUGUCAUUUUAUCUGAUCAUUUUCAUCACUCAGUUACUCUGAUAUUCAGCUGUACACCUGCAGGUGUGAAGCAGAUCUCAGGCAGAUGAAUGGAGACUGAAAAUAGGCUAAUGAAGCACUCCACCCUCUCCUUGUAGCUUCCAAAAACCAACAUGGUGGAGUCCAAAGUGCUCAGUUGAGGCUUCAAGACAGAAACUAAAAUACAAAGUCUGUAGAAGCAGGAAGAACCUUCUGAUCUCUGUGUGAACUAGCAAGAGAAGCUGUUUCGGGACCCACUGGACGGAUUUUUGGGCUCACAUAAAUGUAGUGUCCUCUGAACGCAGCCCUAAAUAGAUUUAGUUCCUUUUUUUAAAAAUAUCAUUUUCACCUUUUUGUCACAGUUCAGUUAAGCUUAGAGAUGCCUGAAACCAAGAACUGAGGGCAGUGCUUGGUCUCGAAGACUCGAUGAGCCCCAAUGAGCUUAAUUACAAAAAAGAUCAAAUAACACCAUCCUCAUCGUUAAGUUACAGAAACUACACAACCUGCUGCUGACACAAACCUUUACAAGCAGUAACUCAUACAUAUGAUGUCGUUUUCAUUUGAUAGCAAUAAGCCUCUGUAAUAAUAACAGUCCUCGGACGACGAUCACUCUGUACAGUCGGAAAGAAAACACUUUGGCGUCUCCACUAAAGGGAAUAUUGCACUGAAACUGUAAUGAAAAAUAAGAAUAUAACCCCCCCAACCCCUAACCCCUAAUGGAAUUUAA